GGUGACACUGCACCCUAAUUUAAAUAUUUAUCCCAUCUGUAGGCUCUAUCUAUAUAAUAGCACAGCGGAGGGACUCCUGUCUCCCGCAUAUUUUGCACCAUAGCAAGUGACGCUUUCACCCGUGCCACAGGGCAUUGGCAUAUAAGAUGAUUUCGGGGCAAACACAAAAUUAUGCUCGCUGUGUGUGCCUCUCAAUGUUGUGCAAAAUAUGUCAGACACCGCACAUAAACGAUGAUAGUGCAUAAACUGGAGUGAAUUGUCAGGAAAACUCCCCCAAAAAUUCUGCAGGCAAGCAAAUGGGCGAUUUCCAGCAAUUUGCUUACAACAACAAUAUAUUAAAGAGCUCUGGCGUAAGCAUUGCCAAGAGGUCAUUCGGAGAGUUCAUUUCACGUCUGAAUGCUUAAAUAAUUUACAAAAUAAUAAUCUUUUGAAUUGUUUUUUUUUCCAAAAUCUAAGAGACAUUUUUUUCUCUCUCUCUCAAAACAAUCAAGAAAAGAUUAUUCAUCAAAAAGAUUUUCUUUUGAUGAAUUUUUCUUCACCCUCCCUACAAAAAUAUAUAGUGUUGGUUGAAAAAAAGGUCAGAGGUGAAACAAAGAGAGCAUCAAGUGAAAAGCCCCUUGAAUUUCCAAGCAAAACAAUAAAAAAAGACCUUGUUUUUGCAAAGGGUGUGGAUUUAAAGUUCAUCUCCCAAGAAGUCUGAAAAUAUACCCUCAGAAACCAUAACGGACGAGUCGCCUUAAAUGCCUACGAGGGGAAAGGACAUCAAAGCUGAAAAGUCCGACCUUUUCUACCAAAGAAAACAGAACAACUUUCACAGGGAUUUUAUGCACUGGUAGUAUCCUCAAACUACCAUUUAUGGCCAAUCUUUGUUUGCCUAAUCCCCCAAAAAUGGUCAAGUAUAUUCCUUUUUCUCGAGGUGUCUCUCUCCGCGUGAGCCUUUCUUGGGGUGUUAAACGGUCACUUUUAUGAGGAGCUAAAAUGUAACAUUUUAAUGAUUUCUCUUCUACAACAAGUGGAUGCCAUUAAAACUGAAAUAAUUUUCUUUUUUUUUGUGAAAAACAUUUUCAAAGAAAUUUUGAUUAACCCGCAUUUUUCUUUUACUCUUUUCAUUGCUUUUCAAUUGGAUUUUAGUCGCAAGUCCAAUUUAACCUGAUCUUGCUUCUUUUUUUUCAGUCAAUAUUUGUGUGGAUGUUUUUAGGCAAAUACAUUACUUUGCGCUUACGUACAAAUUGACCAACGUUGUAUCCAAUGUGGUGCCAUAUUUUGAUACUUUUCUUCUUGGUGAUAAUGAAAUUAUCGCAAAAACACGCUAUAAAUCUCAAUUACUUCGUAGUACCUGAGAUUCUUUUGUUAGAAGAAAUUAAAGAUUUUCAAAUUAAUUAUUUUAAGAAAAUUCUUUGAGAACUCACUCGAGUUUGUAAGGAGAACGUAAAGUUUUCAAAUUUUUUUUUUGUUGCAAUUUACUUUAUUUAACUUUAAACUUUUCUUUGAUAUUUCAACAAAAACCUGGGUGAAGAGCAAAAUUUAAUAUUAAAUUUAAGAAAAAAAAGUAAAAUGUGAAAAUAAAUAUGUUAGUGCUUGAAUUAAAAAAAAAACUGACCAAAAAACCUUAUCCAAUAAUAAAAACAUUAUUAUUCAAACUAUGUUUUACUGUUUUACUUAACGUCAUUUCAACGUGAUAUAAAAAUUUUACUGUGCACUUCCUACUAUUAUUUUUUUUUCAUUCAUACAAUUAAAAAGUGAAUCUUCUCAACAAAAAGCUGCAAUGUUAUGAUUCUAUAUAUUUCAGACAUUUACGGAGAGUAAUAUAGCAUGUAUUUACUUCUGAUAUGUAAACCAUGACCUCAUGAUAAGAGAUUUCUAUUUAUUUGUAACUUAAGCAGUAAUUUUUCUGCGAUCUUCUGUCAGUUUUAAUUCGCAUCUCCGCCUUAUGAGUUAUUUAUAUUUUUGUUCAUAAAAGUUAAGAAAUAUGAAGCUUUUGCUUCUCUGUGCUUUCUUUGUGGCUACCGUCGCAAAUCCGGAACAGGAAAAAAAAAUCUUCUGUGUUCAUGGAAUGUGGUCUCACUAUCGCACGGGCAAUGGGCAUUUUGGCAUAGAUGAAAUAAAUCCAUUUCUCUGCACCCAUUUGGUCUACGCCUUCAUGGGAGUUGAUUACGAAGGCAACAUUGUGAUAAGAGAUCGUUGGUUGAAUUUGGAAGAAAACUAUGGACUUGGGAAUUUACGGAAACUCAGUAAAUUGAAAGAGAUUAAUCCAAAAUUGAAAAUUUUGAUCUCAAUCGGUGGUUGGUCGGAGGGAACGGAGAAAUUUUCCAUAAUUUCAAAUGAUCCGAUGAAACGAAAAACCUUCGUUGAGAGUUCAAUCAAUUUUCUUGAGGAUUACAAAUUUGAUGGACUCGAUAUUGAUUGGGAAUAUCCAGGAAGACGCGAAGGAAGCAGAGUGAGUGAUAAGAAAGCCUUCACAGAGCUUUUGAAAGAUCUCCGAACAGCUUUUCGUCCCAAAGGACUACUUCUAACGGCUUUAGUUGCUCCUGAGUCAAUCAACGUAGAAAUUUCUUAUGACGUUCCACAAAUCAGCAAAUAUUUGGACUUCAUAAAACUCAAAACUUAUGAUCUUCAUGGUUCCUGGGACACAAAGAUUGGCAUCAAUGCUCCACUCUAUAGAAAAUCUUGGGAAGAAGACUAUGCCAGUAUGCUUAACAUAGAUUCUGGUGUGAAGUACUGGCUAGAAAGUGGAGCUCCUGCAGAGAAGCUAAUUGUAGGAGUACCUGUCUUUGGACGUGGCUUCAAGAUGCUCAGUGAAGAUCAGAAGACAGUUGGAUCUCCAUUUUUGGGCCCUUCUGAUCCUGGUCCAUAUACCGAUGAUCCGGGAUUGUUAGGCUUCAAUGAACUCUGUGAGAAGCAACUAACUGAGCAAUGGGAAGAACAUUGGGAUGAUGAGCAGCUUGUGCCGUAUGCAACAAGAGGAGAUCAGUGGAUAGGCUAUGACAACGAAGAAAGCUUGCGAAUAAAAGCAAACUACGUACGAAGUUACAAACUUGGUGGAGUAAUGGUUGGGCAUAUUGAGAAUGAUGACUUUCUUGGUUUCUGUGGUAGAGGUAAGUUUCCUCUUUUGCAAGAAAUAAACAGAGCUCUCAAAGAAAAAAGCCCUUAUGGAAUUCCUAAAGAAAAGAAGGUCUGUGUUACCAAUAUUCCAUUUUCUUAAUUAAAGAUUUUUGCAGAAAUAUCUUAUCUUUAAGAAUUUGUCAAUAAAAAUUGAGUUUUGAAUUAAACUUAAAAAAAAACUUUGCAAUUAUUGUGAAUUUUCACCAAGAAGUUAGAGUUAAGUGGUAACCUGUGAAAGUUCUCUUAAGACUGCAAAGCGAGUCAAGAAAUUGUUUUGCAUUGCGUACGAAACUUCCUCUCUUUCAGCAUAAUAUAUUUUGCAUGUUGAGCAAUUUUCUGCGAGAUUCUUAGUGUCUCUGACAAGAAGGUGGUAUUGUCCACACGGGUUUUUCAUCGUACACAACCUCUCCUCCACAUCAAUAAGGGGCCUGCUUUUAUUUAUCAUUAACACUCAUUGAACACUUUCCGCUAUGUCGACAGACAACAGACUCCGUCGCUUUUGCUUGUUUCUCUCUCUCUCGCGACCAGCAGCAAUACUUUAUCCGCGAGAGACAAACAAUUUGUUCAAGCAAUGCGGAAGUAGAGUUCAAAACCUGCGAGAAUAUAUCAUGUUGCCCCAUCGCAUUCACACUCGCAUUCUGCCUUAUUCUUAUGCCCGUCUCUACAGUGAGACUCACAGCAGAAGAGCGCAACGGUGAGUGCAAAUGCAAUUGAGCAAACACCACCACUCUGGUUGCUUCCUUCUUCUCCGGCAUAAAAAGCAUUUUGCAAUAUAUUCUUUGUUCCCAGGAUUGCGGCGGCGGCGGCGCAGGGAAUUACCCACCCCCGCGGUAUGUGCGCUCCCUCUUAAUCCCACCGCUGCCACCAUUUGUACAUAUAGAAUAUAUAGUGUCAAAAAUGACCGAACAAGUGCCACUGCAGGCGCAAUGAGGGAGUGAAAAGAAAAAUGCGUAUGUGUGGAAGAAGAGUUUGUCUUCUUGAGAAAUCCACAUUAGUCACAUAUUGCCUGUUUGCAAUGUGAAAACAUAAAUCACACGCGAAAACGUCACAUUCCUCAAUCACUUUGUACACUUUUCCUCCCGCAAAAGUGAUCUUUUCUUGUCUUACUCAUUCUCAAUUUCUGCUUCCUCAUUCGUCAACUGUAUGGGUUUGGUUGUUAUGAAAAUUAGCAAUUCAUACAAGGGAGUUUAGAGUUGCGAAGAUUCCAAUUUCACGAUUAUAUACACAAACACAUAUAUGUAUGUUGACUCCACCGUUGUGAGAUAAUCUCUUUUUGCUUGCUAUAUGGACUCUUCUGAAUUUCAAAUUUUAUCUUACAAGUGUUGAAGAGUAUAAAAAAUGCUAAAUUACAGCCACUGUACUCGCAAGCUCGAGUAUAUCGAUGGGUGGGAUAUUAAUAAGAAUGAGAAUACGGAAGUGUGACCAUAAUGAAUGCUCAAGCCAGUCUUUUUCCUUCUCGCACUCCUGUCAACCGUUUCAGUGGUAUUUACAUAAAUGUGACUGAGGUAGAAUGAACAGAAAAAAAUAUUUUCUUGGAAUAGGAAGAAGUCAAAGCUUGUUCUUUGUGAAAAUGUCGUACACACAUGCUGGAAAAGUCAACUUAAUUAUUCCUUUUACUUUACUAUUUUGCUGUAUUAAAAGUAUUAAUAUGAUACAUCACUGUUUAAUAUUUUAA